AUGGCAUCAAGAUUUCCAAAAUUCAGCCGGGGCCUAUCUCAAGACCCAACUACUCGUCGUAUUUGGUUCGGUAUUGCUACCGCACAUGACUUUGAAAGCCAUGAUGAUAUGACUGAAGAACGUCUUUAUCAAAAAAUUUUCGCUUCUCACUUUGGUCAGUUAGCAAUAAUUUUUUUAUGGACCUCUGGUAAUUUAUUUCAUGUAGCUUGGCAAGGUAAUUUCGAAGCAUGGGGACAAGAUCCUUUACAUGUACGACCAAUUGCUCAUGCAAUUUGGGACCCACAUUUUGGUCAACCAGCAGUAGAAGCAUUUACUCGAGGCGGAGCUUCAGGUCCUGUUAAUAUAGCUUAUUCUGGAGUAUAUCAAUGGUGGUAUACAAUUGGUUUACGUACGAAUCAAGAUCUUUAUGGCGGAUCUAUUUUUCUAUUAUUUGUUUCGGCUCUUUUUUUAAUCGCAGGUUGGUUACAUUUACAACCAAAAUGGAAACCAAGUGUUUCAUGGUUUAAAAAUGCCGAAUCUCGUCUUAAUCAUCAUUUAUCUGGUCUUUUUGGAGUUAGUUCUUUAGCAUGGACAGGACAUUUAGUUCAUGUGGCUAUUCCUGAAUCUAGAGGUGAGCAUGUAAGAUGGAAUAAUUUAUUAACAGCAUUACCACAUCCUCAAGGUUUAGGACCUUUUUUUGCAGGACAAUGGAAUGUUUAUGCUCAAAAUCCUGAUUCAAAUAGUCAUUUAUUUGGUACUUCUGAAGGAGCAGGUACUGCAAUUUUAACUUUUCUUGGCGGAUUUCACCCACAAACACAAAGUUUAUGGCUGACUGAUAUGGCUCAUCACCAUUUAGCUAUCGCAGUUAUUUUUAUUAUAGCUGGUCAUAUGUAUAGAACUAAUUUUGGUAUUGGUCAUAGUAUGAAAGAAAUUUUAGAAGCACACACCCCUCCAGGAGGUCGUUUAGGCCGUGGGCAUAAAGGUCUUUAUGAUACAAUUAAUAAUUCGCUUCAUUUUCAAUUAGGUCUUGCUUUAGCUUCUUUAGGCGUUAUUACUUCUUUAGUAGCUCAGCAUAUGUAUUCUUUACCUCCAUAUGCAUUUUUAGCACAAGAUUUUACUACUCAAGCCGCAUUAUAUACUCAUCAUCAAUACAUCGCUGGAUUUAUUAUGACAGGUGCAUUUGCUCAUGGAGCUAUUUUCUUUAUAAGAGAUUAUAAUCCAGAACAAAAUAAAGAUAAUGUGUUAGCUAGAAUGUUAGAGCAUAAAGAAGCGAUCAUUUCACAUUUAAGUUGGGCUAGUUUAUUUUUAGGCUUCCAUACUUUAGGACUUUAUGUUCAUAAUGAUGUUAUGCUUGCUUUUGGUACUCCAGAAAAACAAAUUUUAAUUGAACCUGUAUUUGCCCAAUGGAUCCAAUCUGCUCAUGGUAAGGCUUUAUAUGGUUUUGAUGUUCUUUUAUCAUCUGCAGAUAGUCCAGCUUUUAAUGCUGGUCAAACUCUAUGGUUACCAGGUUGGUUAGAUGCUAUUAAUAAUAAUAGCAAUUCCUUAUUCUUAACUAUUGGCCCUGGAGAUUUCUUAGUUCAUCACGCUAUUGCUUUAGGUUUACAUACAACUACUUUAAUUUUAGUUAAAGGUGCUUUAGAUGCUCGUGGUUCUAAAUUAAUGCCAGACAAAAAAGAAUUUGGUUAUAGUUUCCCUUGUGACGGCCCAGGACGAGGUGGUACUUGUGAUAUUUCAGCUUGGGAUGCUUUUUAUUUAGCUGUUUUUUGGAUGCUAAAUACUAUUGGAUGGGUUACUUUUUAUUGGCAUUGGAAACAUAUUACUUUAUGGCAAGGAAAUGUAGCUCAAUUUAAUGAGUCUUCUACAUAUUUAAUGGGAUGGUUAAGAGAUUAUUUAUGGUUAAACUCUUCACAACUUAUUAAUGGAUAUAAUCCUUUUGGUAUGAAUAGUUUAUCUGUAUGGGCUUGGAUGUUCUUAUUUGGACAUCUUGUUUGGGCUACUGGGUUUAUGUUUCUAAUUUCUUGGCGUGGAUAUUGGCAAGAGCUUAUUGAAACUUUAGCUUGGGCUCAUGAACGUACACCUUUAGCUAAUUUAGUUCGUUGGAAAGACAAACCAGUAGCUCUUUCUAUUGUUCAAGCACGAUUAGUUGGUUUAGCUCAUUUCUCAGUUGGUUAUAUAUUUACUUAUGCAGCUUUCUUAAUUGCUUCUACAUCAGGUAAAUUUGGCUAA